GCUUUCAGCUGCAGUUCGGCACCAGAGUUCCCAGAGCACAUCACCACAGCAAGGACUUGUUGCCAAAACAUCUCUGUCUUCACCUCCAUGGCCUGAAGUGAAACUUCCAGACCCAGUGGAAGAAGCCAAGUAUCAUGCAGAAGUGGUGCAGAAGGUGAAUGGGAUGAUUGCUGCUGGGCAGUACGGUCGGCUCUUCGCUGUCGUCCACUUUGCCAGCAAGCAGUGGAAAAUCACCAGUGAAGACUUGAUCAUGAUGGACAACGUGCUGGAAGCUGAAUGUGGAGACCGAAUCCGGAUGGAAAAGGUUCUGAUGGUUGGUGCUGAUGACUUCACACUCAUUGGAAGGCCACUGCUGGGGAAAGACCUGGUCCGUGUGGAGGCCACAGUGAUUGAGAAGACAGAGUCAUGGCCCAAAAUCCACAUGCGCUUCCGGAAGAGGCACAACUACCAGAGGAAGAAAAUCAUUGUGAACCCCCAGACUGUCCUGAGGAUAAACACCAUUGAAAUCUAUCCCUGCUUGUCCUGAUGGAUGGUGUGUGUGCGGCUGGGAAUCAUUCCUCCAGGCAGUUAUGGAAACAAAGCUGCCUCAGCAUUGGAAA